AUGGAGGCACGCGCACAUGGCGCCCUGCCAAAUAACUAUGACCGAGAGCGGUUCAUCAACGGCGUCGGUGGGGAUGACAAGGCAUUGAAACGCAAGCUGGAGGAGCCACUGUCGGAUAUUACCAAGGAGCUCGACACGGUUAUCGCUCAAAGCGAUGUUGCCGUCGCCGAUCCAAAGGGCCAGUUGUGCCCUGACGCCGAUGUCCCCGACGAGAUGGAGCAUAUCACAGAUGGCAUUCUCCCUCUCAACCUUUUGCUCAUUCGGCUGGCCGAGUUUUCUCAUUCCAAAUUAGAAGAACUUGUGACAAUGCUUGCCUCGAAGCCCGUGCCGCAACAUGCCGUCAAUGGGAAUGGCAGUCAUUCUACGUUGGUCGAGGACGCAUCUCCAGAGAGCCAAGAAAAGAAACGGCUGCUUCUUAACACCAUCCAGGACUUGCACUCCAGAUGGGUCAAGGCAUUGGUUAUUACAGAGUGGGCGAGAAAUGCUGAGAAGGUCGGCAAGUUGAUCGACAUCAGGACCCAUUUGUUCAAGAAGUUGGAGCUGUAUCCCCAGGUUUUGAACGAUUUCAUCAACCUUAAACGCGACAUGGCUUGGGCCAAAGUUCCGAGUCCAGAUUUGAAAACUGCUUUACACAUUCUCACCCACGGCGAGGUUACGUGGAUGCCCGACUUCAACUUUCUCGAUCCUCCUCCCCUAACGACAGAGGAAACAUUGCGGUGGAUCAAUGACAUGAAUCUAGCCCUUCACGCGCGAUUACAGCUUGAAGAGCACGACAAGCUCCCGCCGCCAUUCAAAAAUUACACUAUUGACUCCGGACGAGUUACAUUCAGAGUUAGAGGAGAGUUUGAAGUGGAUCUAAGCAUAUCUGAAGAGGAUUUCAGCGAGCAGUUCUGGUUCAUCAACUUCCGCUUCGACUUCAGCCCGGCCCCAGCCGAGCUAACACCGGCAGUUCGGUAUUGGAUGACAGAGAAAGUAAACAACAUUCUGAAAACAGAAGGGCUUGGCGGCUGCUACAAGUAUUUACACGAGUUUACUUUGACACAGAAGAUCGCCGAGCUUCAUCGCCAGGCCAUUGCGCUGAAUAAAGGGCGAUGGGCCAACAGCCUUCGGGUAGAGAAGCUGAACCGGAAUUUAGGGAUCCAUUACUGGGCUAACCGCUUGCACUCUCAAAAUCUCAAGAGCUGGAUUAUUAUCGGUGUCCACAGUGGUGAAGAUCCGCAAGGUCUUGAGGAGCCGAAACCAAGCUAUCUCAUGGUGCAGUGGUUCCGCGAGGGCGUUGAGCAGUUCAUCGACAUUCCAUUUUCCCAAGAGAAGCUAUCCAUCGAGGAAAUUCUGGAGUUCGUCACCGCCAAGCAUGUCGGCUAUCUGCUUUUCUCCCUCUUUAGAAAAUUUGACGGGAAGCCUCGCUUCACACAGGGAAAGAAAGCUAGGCUGGAGCUGAAUGUUUGGACACAGAAGCCCGAAGACUACUAUCUCUCCAUGCAGCUGCUUGAUGACGAGGAUCUCAAAAUCCAGGUUAAUCCGUGGAUGGGCGACUUCAUCACCACACCUUCAACUGGGCCUUGGAACCGGACUCUUAACUCACUUGGGAACCCAGCUGAAGAGGGCUCAAAGGAACUGGAAAAUUUCCGUUAUAUUUACAUCAUAUCGGUUCUCAAGGCACAGGGGAAAAGCCACGGCUGGUCUGUUGUUCGAUCUCCAAUUUCUCAGGACGAGCUCAGGAGCAUCGUGCAUUCAGAGUCGGCGUCGUCGCGCGAGACUUUCCAGGCGGCGUGGACAAGGUUUGUUGAUUGGGACCCUCAGUGGUAUGCCAUGCGAAGCAUGAGCCUCGCAGGCGAUCAAUGGUGGCUCGUUGAGGUGACCUCGCAAAGACAGUCUAUCAGCGGAAACCGGCUGGUCUUCUUUACCAAGAUGGCGCCAUGCUUCUCGGAAGAACGACUGACAGACGGCUUCUUCAAUGGACUACGAGACCAUAGCAGACGUCUGAUAGCGGAGAUAACUAACCUUCGGGAGCUUUAUCCCGGAAUUACUCCGAGUCAGCUCCGGAAACUGAUUGAUCCCACGCGUCAACCACCGGUCCUCCCUGUGAAGGCUUCCAAGAUCCUGGGCGAUUUUGGAGGCGCGGACGCCCAAUCAAUUGCCUGGCUGAAGGAUCCUGUGUGGCUCAUAUACAGGGGAUCGGCGUGCGAUACAAGAGUGUCAGACAGCCCACAGCAAAAGCGAACGCAACCAGUGCUGGAUGUGUUUGAGGCGUACUUGGAUGUCACCGAUCGCCGCAGAUUCCAAACACUGAAUCCACGUCUCGAUCGUGAUAUCCUCUAUAACCCUUACACUGGCCGGUUCAUGUUCCGCCUUCGUGCCAAAAUGGGUGUCCCGGUUGUCCCUCUGCUUGGGAUUCGUGUAAGGCAACUCCAGCGUUUGCUCGACUUCCUUGAAGGACUCCGAAGAGUCGGUGAUCAAGCAGUUCCCGAACGAGUCACUCUUCGCGAGAUCGUAUUCAGCUAUGGCGCGACACGAAAAAGGGAUUCUACUAAUCAACCUAAAGUUCGUCCUUGGAGAGUUCGACUUGAUCUCACCAAAGAAGAAGGCGUGGGAGUGGUUCUUGAGAAAGGAAAUCCCCACCUCAGAGUCAUCAACCGUCUUGAAGACCUCGUAAACAGUCAGAAAUUCUACUCUCUAGCAACUUAUCUCACCCUCAGUCUCCCUCUUUUCAGAGCAUUUGAGCAGCUGGAGAACGCAUGGCAGACGGCACAAGAGAAUGGCCGAGGAUCUUGCUUCAUCCUCCACCUGUCCUUGGACAAGCAUACUAUCCGUUUUGUGCUACCUGGACACCAGAGACAGAUCAGUCUCUUGAUCCAGCCUCAUGAAAAAGAGGGUAAACUCGUUUGGGAAGUUGGUCGGCCAAGACAUGAUCCAGAACUUUUGAACGAGAAUUGUGAGUUCAACCGCGUCCUGAAAGAACGGGUUUGGACCAUCUCUGGCAGUGGGUUCAAGGGCCUUGUGACCGGUGCGGCGGCAGAGCCUGAUGAAGGGAUUGAGCGUCUCCUGGUUCUCAUCAGCGACGCCGUUCUUCACUUAAGCACUUCGCAGCCUGCCACUGCUCCACCACAACCGCCUCAAGCACAACCAUCACAGCAGGUCCAGCAGGUCCAGCAGCAACAAGUCGUUUCACAGCUGCAGCCACAAGCACAACAACCUCGAUCAGCGAUGCCUCACGCCUCGGUAGGCCAGCAACAGCCUCAUGGUGCUCCUGCCCCGAUGGCACGGUUUCCUCCACAACAACAACAGAUAUUCCAGCAGCAGCGCCCACCACAACCUCAACCUAACAUGCAUGGAGGCCAGAUCUCGCAGCCUAACAUGCACGGGGGACCAAAGCCACAACUACAGGGACAGCACGGGCAACCAGGCCAAAUGGUAGCAGCACCACAGCAGCAGGGUCAGCGGCCUGGCACGGGCACAGCAGCGGGUAUGGGUAGGAGCAAUGCUCCGCUCGUUGUGCUAGACUGA